CUCUUUCCUAAAUUAAGAAAACUUCAAAAAAAAAAAAAAAUUCAGAGGACGAAUCAAGCCUGAGAAGCUUCUUCAUCCUGCACAAUUUGAUUCUAACAUAUCGAUCUUCCAUUCGUUUGCCUUCUACGAUUGAACCAAUCAUCGCCAAUCGAGUCAAUUCUCUUCCGAUUCCGAUCAGUUUAGUUAGGGGUCCGUGAUUGUUCUAAUCCGAUUAUCCAUCGGGUUCCUGGUGAUGAAACUCGAAGACUUGAUUCCGUUGCGUAGUUUCCGAGACAGCUGUUGAUGGAAAGAGAAACGGCGCCAAGUUCGUCAAGAGGCGAUAGAGAAGAAGAUGCGAAGGUUAUCGAGUGGGAAGAAUUCGACGAUGAGCUCACUCGGUUAUGGAGUCUCUCCUCUGCUCUGAAGUUAGCCACAGAGAAGAAGCUAACUCUUCAGCCAAAACUCGAGUCUCUUAUUCAGGUUAGUGCUGAAUCAUUGAGACGCACUAAUGAGCUUGAAGAGAUGCGUCAGCGGCUGGAAGCGAAGAAAUUGAUGGUGGAAAAUACAUCGGUUGCUUGCAAAGUUACUGAGCAGGAUCUUAAAAAGAAAGAGGAUGUUCUCAGUGCCGAAGUGCGGUCUUUGCUUGUUGGCGGUACAACCCUUUCCAUCGCUAAAACCAAAUUGCAGGAGUCAAACUGUCAACUAGAAGGAGAGAGUGGUUAUGCUCAUCUGAAGACUGUAACGAAUAAGCUGAGAAAGAGGCAGCAGUACAUGAUAUCUCAAGUUUCAUUUAUCUACCCUCUGAAGAUCGAGGCUGGACCUUCGCAAGACCAAGAACUGGAGUCAUUUCCAGGUGGCAGUAGAUUAGCAGGAACUAAACCUGUGAGUCAAGGAUCCGUGAAAAUUUUGGGGUUACCUUUUAGUAUGGCCCCGUUUACAAAGAUGAGCUUCUUCACUGACAAGAAGGAAGUUCAGAAGUCAGCAACUGCCCUAGGAUAUGUAGCUCAUGCCGUCUCUCUGUUAGCUCCUUACUUGGGAGUGCCUAUUCGCUAUCCUUUACGCCUAGGUGGUUCCAAAACAUAUAUACGGGACUAUGCGCCUUACAUUGAGCCUUCAGCUUCUGAUAUGCCUCCAGUUUCCACACUUUCCGAAAAUGCUAAAUUUGUAGAGUUCCCUCUGUUUCUGGAUGGUCAAGAUACAAAUCGAGCUGCCUAUGCUGUCUUCUUAUUAAACAAGAACAUUGAGCAACUCCUGAACUUUGUGGGAGAAAGUAGUCUUGGACCACGUCAGGUUCUAGCUAACCUCAAGGAGCUAAUCCGAAUCAUCCAGUCUCCAGAUUAUAUAGAUUAUUGAUGAUGAUGACGACGAACUAAUGAUGAUGAUCGGAUAUUCAACACUGUCGUCUUCAAUGUCUCUUACAUCUUCUUAAGAGUGGAGGCACAAGGUCAGAUUGUUUAUUCGUUAGAGAAAGUUGUAGACAUGGACAUUCUCUCUAGGACGAGGCUCACCUCUCUUAGGUGUGAUGUUAUUGAAGUGGAGAAUAAACAAAAGCUUAGUCUAGUUUUCUUAUAAGUUCUAACAGAUGUAUCACUUUUUUUUUCUCUUUUUUGUAUCAUUUGAAAUAUAUUUGAAUUUGUACCUUAUGAGCAUUUUU